GACGGAAUUGAGAUCGUUGAAUCGGAAAAGAUGAAAUUCGAGUCACUGGAAGACGGAACUCAACGACUCCAUUUGGCCAAUGUGGACUUCUUCAGUGAAGGAUACUACCGUUGUGUGGCCACCAACGAGCACGGCACUGCCUCAACAAAAGCUGAACUUGUCAUUGACGGUACGUAA